AUGAGCAAUAUCUUGACCACGCAGAACAGCAUCACAGAUUUAAACUGGGUUGACAGUGAUUGGCACCGAUAUCCACCUAUGAGCAACAUCGCCACCCCGUUGACCAGCCACACUUCUCAAGACAAUCAACGCCGCCAACAAGGCUCCGUCGCAGACGUCUUAUCGACCACAUCGCGCUCAGUCCGCCCGUCUAACACAGACCAAUACAUGCACUCAACGAGUUCAUCACGCGGAGGACGCGUAUCACCCGGGGAGAGUUUGCUUUCCAGGGAUCCCCCCCGAUCAGCAUCUCAGACAUCCCAGCGCCUUCCUCCCAUGUCCCCGCUGGACACUCCCAGAAGUUACCACACCCCACAAUUCGAGUCAGGGAGUCUGAGUUCCAACUGGCCACUUCCGGAAGUGCGCCAGCAGGCUGCGCAACAAAAUGGCACUAUGCAGACCGGAAGCCGUUCUGGGUCUACUGUUCCUGGUACUACUAUGUCGCAGUCGACUUUUCAGCGAGCUGGGAUACCUCGUCCGGGUUCGACUGUCCCUCUGAUGAUGGGUUCUCGACCCACGUCGAUGUAUUCUGAUUCUUCUUCCGCGUCUUCUAGUCUUGUUUCCGCCCCAAUGAGUCGUUCCAACUCUACCUCUUUCCAACAAUCUGGCGGCAUGUCUCGAUCUAACUCCGUCUCUCAGCCGUCUUUUCAGCAAUCUGGCAUGCAGUCUGGCGGUGGCAUGUCCCGUUCUGAUUCCACCUCUCAGCCAUUGCUCCAACAAUCUGGAGGCAUGUCCGGCUACUCUAAUUCUCAGUCGUUUCAACAGUCUGGCAUGCAGUCUGGUGGCAUGUCUAACUCUAAUCCUCAGUCAUUUCAACAAUCUGGCAUGCAGUCUGGUGGCGGCAUGCGUUCUAAUCCUAGCGCCCAACAAUCAUUUCAGCCAUACGAUAUGCCCCGUUCUAAUUCCAACGCUCAAACGUCUUUUCAGCCCAUCCCCUACGACAUGCCUCGAAACCCUAUUUCCAAUUCCAAUUCGCAACCUAGCGGCAUACUCAAGAAUUCCAACACUCAGCAAUCUUUCCAAUUAUACGACAUGCCUCGGAAUUCUAAUUCCAAUUCUAAUUCUCAGCCUUAUUUUCAACAAUCCGGGGGCAUAUCGGGCGGUGGCAUGCCGAAGUCCAAUUCUAACACCCAACAACCUUUCCAACAAUACGACAUGCCUCGAAGCUUCAAUCCCAAUCAUAAUUCCCAACCGUCCUAUCAACAAUCGACCAUGGGCUCUGGCGGGAUGUCUGGAAUGCAGUCCGGUGGUAUGCCCAAGUCAAAUUCUCACGCCCAACAAUCUUUCCAACAAUACGACAUACCUCGGAGCUCUAACUCUAAUUAUAAUUCCCAGCCGUCCUAUCAACAAUCGAGCAUGUCUAGUAUGGGCUCUGGCGGGAUGUCUGGAAUGCAGUCCGGUGGUAUGCCCAAGUCCAAUUCUAACACCCAACAAUCCUUCCAACAAUACGACAUGCCUCGAAGCUCUAAUUCUAAUUCUAAUUCCCAGCCGUCCUAUCAACAAUCGAGCAUGUCCAGCAUGGGCUCUGGCGGGAUGUCUGGAAUGCAGUCCGGUGGUAUGCCCAAGUCUAUCUCUAACGUCCAACAGUCUUUUCAACCAUCUGCUGGCAUGUCUGGCAUGCAGUCCAGCGGGAUGCCUAGCGGUGGCGUGCCCAAGUCCAACUCCGUCUCUUUCCAACAACCACUGCCAGGCGGGGCCUCUUCUGUAAAGCAACAAACGGCCAUGAACACCCAAGCUAACAAGAUGGCCUCCACGCCGCUUCCUAGCCUCGUGGCUCCGAUUCCCAGUUUGGGUUCUACCAUGCCUUACGACAUGCCACGCUCAGGUUCCACUAUUCCUUACAAUAAUCCUCGUUCGGGCUCUACCAUGCCCUUCGACGUCCCUCGUUCAGGCUCUGCCUUGCCUCGUUCGAGCUCUACCACGCCUUACGACAUCCCUCGUCCAGGCUCUGCAUUGUCUCGUUCGGGUUCUACCAUGCCUUACGACAUCCCUCGUCCAGGCUCUGCAUUGUCUCGUCCGGGUUCUACCAUGCCUUACGACAUCCCUCGUCCAGGCUCUGUAUUGUCUCGUUCGGGUUCUACCAUGCCUUACGACAUCCCUCGUCCAGGCUCUGUAUUGUCCCCCACAGUCUAUAUGCCGCAGACAUGUCUCGGUUCGUCUGGAUUCUCCCCCUCGGCGUUCCAACAAUCCGGGAUGCCGCGUUCAGCUGGGUAUAACUAUGGUAGCAUACCACAACAAUCUUUCCAGCGUUCGAAUUCUGGGUAUUACCCCCAACCAUCGUCGCAUUAUGGAUCUUACCCUCCCUCAGCAUUUCAGCAAGGCGGGGUACCUCGUUCUGCAGGAUACGUACCCCAUCCAGCUGCGCAGAGAUCUUAUUCCCAUUCCGGGGCUGUUCAACAGGCCGGCAUUCAGCCCAUUCCUCAAAUGGGCAAACCGUCCUCGUCCUAUUCACUUUCUGGGUUUUUCCCUGACCAAACUUCCCGACGUCAUUCCAGUAAUUCAUUCGGGAACUAUCGUUCCACUUCGCGCGGACGUUCAAGCUCACGAGGAACCUCUCGCUCCAGACGUUCUCGUUCCAGGAGCUCGCGUGGUGCAAGUCGGCGGGGUUCUCGAUCUUCGAGUCGAUCGACUACUUCCCGUUCUUCGUCCCGCCGGGUGCGUAGUUCGCGCUCCUCGGGGAAAAGCUCAAAGAAAAGCUCGAAACGGCGCUCGGGGAGGAAAGGGAUGUCAAUUGUUUAUGGGACGGGGUAUACUACUGUUCACCCGAACGCGACUAGCCCUACGGUGAUCCAGCCAUCGCCUACUGAGCCGAUCGUGGUGCCGCUCCAUGGGGGGAAGCGGGGGUAUAUGGUCGUUCCGCCGAUUGGGAUGAACUUGCAGGUUUAUGACACGCGGAAUUUGAAGCCGAAACAGCACAAGAGCACGAGACUGAAAAAGCAUCAUGUUCAAGGUGAGAAAAAGUCGUUGAUGGGGAAGCUCGCGGGCGGGCUUGUCGCGCCGUUCAAUGGGGGGGAGAGAGGGAGGAGUAGGAGUCGGAGUAGAUCGCGAGUGCGGAGGACUGUUUCUGUGUACUAA